UGCCAGCGCCGUCCCCGCAGGCUGAGCUCGGAGCUCCAUUCCCCGCAGCGAUCGCUCGGUCUCCCCCCGGCUGGGACUGGGGAGUGGGUUGGGGGCGGCAGCAAGUUUGGGGCUCGGUCUCGCAACACGUGGGAUGACAAGGAGCAUCGGAUCCAGCAUUUCCCGGGACCCGGCAUUCAGCAACAGCGGAGAGUGACAGAGACCCUCAUACCCCGGGGCACCAGAGGGGCACACUGCUCUCAGGACCCUCAUAUCUCCACCAGAGGGGCUCACUGCUAUCAGGACCUCCACCAGAGGGGUACACUGCUUUCAGGACCUCCACCAGAGGGGCUCACUGCUAUCAGGACCUCCACCAGAGGGGCACACUGCUCUCAGGACCUCCACCAGAGGGGCUCACUGCUAUCAGGACCACCACCAGAGGGGCACACUGCUAUCAGUACCUCCACCACAGUGGCUCACUGCUCUCAAGACCUCCACUAGAGGGGCACACUGCUCUCAGGACCUCCAUCAGAGGGGCUCACUGCUCUCAGGACCUCCACCAGAGGGGCACACUGCUCUCAGGACCUCCACCAGAGGGGCACACUGUUCUCAGGACCUCAACCAGAGGGGCUCACUGCUAUCAGGACCUCCACCAGAAGGGCACACUGCACUCAGGACAUCCACCAGAGGGACUCACUGCUAUCAGGACAUAAACCAGAGGGGCUCACUGCUAUCAGGACCCUCAUACUCUCAGUUGCUAUCAGGACCCAUACACCUCUUUAAUCAGGACCCAUACACCCUACAUUAGGAUUCAACAGGGCACAAGAAGAAGAGCUGUUAGACCCCUAUAAAAAGGACCACAAGGGCACGGAGGUGGAGGAGUUAGUCGCCUGCCCUGGCAACUGGGCUCUUUUUAAUAAAGAAAUAAAAAAGCCCACCUUACCGGCAGCACUGAGACCCCAGUUUAUCCGAGGAACAGGUUGCCAUUACACGGAGCUCCCAAGCCAAACACCCUGCAACAAAUACCUGGACCCUCUGCACCCCUUCUUAACUUAACUUAAUAACUCCCUGUACCCUUUCCUACAUUACUAGACCCCCUGCACCCCUUCCUAUAUUACUAGACCCCCUGCACCCCUUCCUACAUUACUAGACCCCCUGUACCCUUUCCUACAUUACUGGACCCCCUGUACCCUUUCCUACAUUACUAGACCCCCUGCACCCCUUCCUACAUUACUGGACCCCCUGCACACCUUCCUACAUUACUUGACCCCCUGUACCCUUUCCUGCAUUAUUGGACCAGAUGCCCCCUUUCUUAACUAAUUAACUCCCUUUACACCUUUCUAACUAACUCCUUGUACCCCUGCACCCACUACUACCUACCUGCCCCACUGCACUCUUACCUUACUAACCCCCAGCACCCUCCCCUCUCUUCCCUGAAUCCCCCUGCACCUUACUGCACCUCACUCACACUUUCCCACCUGACUCAGACCCAUACUCCCUACUGCUCAUUUAUCUGCUCUCUCUGUCCUGCACGAGUCAUACAUACAUAUUCCCUCGUAUUCACUAAUCUUGCUCCCUCCUCACCCUCUCUCACCUCACUACCCUGCACCCUGUCUCACCUCACUCACCCUGCACCCUCUCUCACCUCACUACCCUGCACCCUGUCUCACCUCACUAACCUGCACCCUGUCUCACCUCACUACCCUGCACCCUCUCACCUCAGUACCCUGCACCCUCUCUCACCUCACUACCCUGCACCCUCUCUCACGUCACUACCCUGCACCCUGUCUCACCUCACUCACCCUGCACCCUCUCUCACCUCACUCACCCAUACAACUUCACUCCCCCUGCUCCCACACACCUCACUCAGACCGUUGUCGCCACACUCCCCCUGCUCUUUAUCCCCCACCAUCCCCCUGCACCAUCUCACUCCUCUCCCUGCACCUUCCCCAGUCUCACUACCCACACUGCACCCACUAUCACAUUAAUUCCCUCUGCACCCACUUCCAGCUUUCUCUCCUCCUGCACCCUCUCCCGCCCCCCUCCACUCUCAGCGACCACCAGCAGCAGCAUUGUGAGCAGAGCCUGAUGCCUCCCAUGCUCUCCCUGCAGCCAGCACUGUGCCCUGUAUGGACUCCCUCACUGUGACUCCCCCAGAGACUCUCUGCACCCUGGGUGGUGCCCAUGCCGAGCAUGGUCUAGAUGCACUGUGAAAAAGGUAAAUGUGUUUUCCAUGUGCUAUGUGCAUGCCCCCUAAACACAGGACCAUAGUGCACUCACAUCCCAGGAUAAUAUUAUAUAUAUCAAACCCCAUGGGAUAUUAUAUAUACUGAACCCCUAGGAUAUUUUAUAUAUCAAACCCAUGGGAUAAUAUUAUAUAUACACUGAAACCCUGGGGUAAUAUUAUAAUAAUAUCAUAUACUUAAAACCCCUGGGAUAAUAUUAUGUAUACUAAACCCCAUUGGUAACAUUGUAUAAACUACCUCUCUCAAGGUUAACUUUAUAUAAACUAUCCCCUUAAGGGUAACAUUGUAUAACCUGCCCUCCUAGGGGUAACAUUGUAUAACCUACCCUCCCAGGGGGUAACAUUGUAUAAACUGCCCUCCCCAGGGGUAACAUUGUAUAACCUACCCUCCCAGGGGGUAACAUUGUAUAAACUGCCUUCCCCGGGGGUAACAUUGUAUAACCUGCCCUCCCAGGGGGUAACAUUGUAUAAACUACACUCCCAGGGGGUAACAUUGUAUAAACUACCCCCAGGGGUAACAUUGUAUCCUACCCCUGGCUGCAUGCUGCCUAUUGAUCUGUAUGUCAAUGUACACGCUCAGUGCGCACACGCUGGGUGACCUGCACACUGUCGGCACCCCCUGUCACUCUGCUGCCUGCCUUCCUGUAGGUGAGGUGUCCCUGCUGUGCCCAGGUGUGCCCUUUCCCUGCCAUCUGUGCUGGGGUCAGCAUGCCCUGAAGGUCAGGAUGCAGAAGGGCGUGCGCUGCAACGAGGGACACGCUCUGUACCUGUCCCUGCUGGCCCGCAAGGAGGGCACCAAGAGGGGCACCGUCAGCAAGAAGGCGGCCGAGACUAGCAGGUGGCACGACAAGUGGUUCGCCCUCUUCCAGAAUGUCCUCUUCUACUUCGACAGCGAGCAGAGUGGGAGACCCUCUGGGAUGUACAUGGUGGAAGGAUGCAGCUGUGAGAGGGUCCCAGCACCCAUGGUGGCCAGUGGAGGCAAGGAGACCAUGGAAAAGCAGCAUUAUUUCACUGUUACCUUUGGCCAUGAAGGUCAGAAACCCUUGGAGUUACGAUGUGAGGAGGAGUCUGACCGUGACGAAUGGGUGGAAGCUAUACACCAGGCGAGCUAUUCAGAUAUCCUAAUCGAGAGAGAGGUAUUAAUGCAGAAGUACAUUCAUCUGGUGCAAAUUGUCGAAACGGAGAAAAUUGCUGCAAAUCAACUGCGUCAACAGCUUGAGGAUCAAGAUACUGAAAUUGAAAGGCUGAAAUCUGAGAUUGUUGCACUCAACAAGACAAAAGAACGAAUGCGACCCUACCAUCUGAGCCAUGAAGAGGAGGACCCAGACAUCAAAAAGAUCAAAAAGGUUCAAAGCUUCAUGCGUGGUUGGCUCUGUAGAAGAAAGUGGAAGACCAUUGUUCAAGAUUACAUAUGUUCUCCACAUGCAGAAAGCAUGCGGAAGAGAAACCAGAUUGUAUUUAACAUGGUUGAAGCUGAGGCAGAAUAUGUGCAUCAACUCUACGUCCUAGUUAACUGCUUCCUGCGGCCUUUGAGAAUGGCAGCAAGUUCUAAGAAACCCCCAAUCAGUCAUGACGAUGUAAGCAGUAUAUUCCUCAACAGUGAAACCAUCAUGUUUCUUCAUGAGAUAUUUCACCAAGGAUUGAAAGCAAGAAUCACUAAUUGGCCUACUCUAAUAUUAGCUGACUUAUUUGAUAUUCUGCUACCAAUGCUGAACAUCUACCAAGAAUUUGUACGGAACCAUCAGUAUAGUUUACAAGUGUUGGCAAACUGCAAGCAAAACCGAGAUUUCGACAAACUCCUCAAGCAAUACGAGGCAAACCCAGCGUGUGAAGGGAGAAUGUUGGAGACAUUUUUAACCUAUCCUAUGUUUCAGAUACCUCGGUAUAUUAUAACACUUCAUGAGCUCCUGGCUCACACACCUCAUGAACAUGUAGAAAGGAAAAGCUUAGAGUUUGCACAGUCAAAACUGGAAGAACUGUCACGAGUAAUGCAUGAUGAAGUCAGUGACACUGAGAACAUUCGAAAAAACCUUUCUAUUGAGAGAAUGAUAGUAGAAGGCUGUGAUAUAUUGCUAGACACCAGCCAAACAUUUGUACGUCAAGGUACCCUUAUUCAGGUCCCUUCAGUAGAAAGAGGGAAGCUCAGCAAAGUUCGCUUAGGACCACUAUCUUUGAAAAGAGAAGGCGAAAGACAAUGCUUUUUAUUUACUAAGCACUUUUUAAUAUGCACACGGAGCUCAGGGGGGAAACUACAUCUACUUAAGACAGGUGGAGUUCUGUCUUUGAUAGAAUGCACAUUGAUUGAAGAGCUAGAUAUUAGCGAGGAUGAUUCAAAGAGUUCUGGAUACGUCUUUGGUCACCUAGACUUUAAGAUUGUGGUUGAACAAGCAGAUGCUACUCCUUUUACAGUGGUACUUUUAGCUCCUUCACGCCAAGAAAAAGCUGCUUGGACCAGUGACAUCAGCCAGUGUAUAGAGAACAUAAGAUGCAAUGGGCUGAUGAACAAUGUGUUUGAGGAGAAUUCUAAAGUCACGGUACCACACAUGAUCAGAUCAGAUACCCGGCUGCACAGAGACAACGUUGACAUUUGUUUCAGCAAAACGCUGAACUCCUGCAAAGUCCCUCAGAUCCGCUAUGCAAGCGUGGAGCGCCUCUUGGAGAGACUGACUGACCUUCGCUUCCUCAGCAUUGAUUUUCUUAAUACAUUUCUGCACACCUAUCGGAUAUUUACUACUGCGUUUGUUGUACUGGAAAAGCUAUCCAAUAUUUAUAAAAGACCUUUCACCUCAAUUCCUAUCAGGUCAUUAGAACUUUUUUUUGCUUCCAAUCAAAGCUUGAGUGAUGGAAAAUCGCCACAUCUUUGUCGCAAAUUUUCUUCCCCCCCGCCAUUGUCACUGUCAAGGACAUCAUCACCUGUCAGAGCCAGGAAACUGUCACUCAAUUCCCCAUUAAACUAUAGAAUCGGAGCUCUGGAUUUAUCUACAUCAUCCAGUGCAAGUAGCCCCACUUCCGUAUUCAGCCCUGCCACCUCUCCACCCCCCACUACUAAUAAAGUACCUCUGGAUCUGAGCAAAGGUCUGUCCUCACCAGAUCAAAGUCCAGGACCCAUUGAUGAAAACUCAGAAAACCCCCGCAUCGAUUUAUGUAACAAGCUUCGGAGAAGCAUUCGAAGAGCUGCUGUUUUAGAAUCCAUGCCACUGGACAGAACCAUUCCUGAAGGUGGUCAGUCUUCAGAUACAGCAGAAAAUUCUCCAAGUCGAUCCCCUUCGACUCCUCGUCAUCUACGAUACCGACCAACAGGAGUGCAGACUUCUGACAACCCUCGCUGCUGUUCUGUCUCUCCUGCUUCCGCAUUUGCAAUCGCCACUGCUGCAGCUGGACAUGGGAGUCCACCAGGCUUCAACAACAUGGAGAGAAUGUGCGACAGGGAGUUCGUGAUACGCCGUGCAGCCACUAAUCGAGUCUUGAAUGUUCUUCGCCACUGGGUCUCGAAGCACUCACAGGAUUUUGAACUAAACCAUGAAGUAAAGAUGAAUGUUGUGAAUUUAUUGGAAGAUGUCUUACGGGAUCCUGAUUUACUACCACAAGAGAGAAAAGCAACAACUAAUAUACUAAGCGCCCUUUCUCAAGAUGAACAAGAUGACAGUCACCUAUCCUUGGAAGACAUCAUCGGCAUGUCAGAUGGUUCUAGAACAGAAUCCUUGGAAACACUGUCUGCAAUGGAACUGGCUGAGCAGAUAACACUUUUGGAUCAUAUCAUUUUUAGAAGCAUUCCAUAUCAAGAGUUCCUUGGCCAAGGAUGGAUGAAAACAGAUAAAACUGGGAGAACACCGUCCAUCAUGAAAACCAGCCAACAUUUUAAUGAUAUGAGCAACUUGGUUGCCUCGGAAAUCAUGAGCCAUCCUGAUGUUACUUCGAGAGCUAGCUCUAUUGAGAAGUGGGUGGUGGUAGCUGAUAUAUGUCGGUGCAUGCACAACUACAACGGUGUGCUGGAAAUCACAUCGGCUUUGAACAGGAGUGCCGUUUACAGACUCAAGAAAACAUGGGCUAAAGUUUCUAAACAAACAAAAGCACUUAUGGACAAGCUGCAAAAGACAGUCUCAUCUGAAGGAAGAUUUAAAAACCUCAGAGAAACCCUUAAAAAGUUGUGCAGCUGUAAUCCGCCUUCAGUGCCCUACCUCGGAAUGUAUUUAACCGACCUUGCGUUUAUUGAAGAAGGUACACCAAACUUUACAGAAGACGGCCUUGUAAACUUUUCAAAAAUGCGAAUGAUAUCCCACAUUAUUAGAGAAAUACGUCAGUUCCAGCAGACUCCGUAUCGCAUAGAACACCAACCAAAGGUCACACAAUUCCUUUUGGACAAGUCUAAGAUUCUGGAUGAAGAUACUUUGUAUGAAUUAUCUUUAAUGAUUGAACCAAGACUCCCAGCAUGAAGAAUUUUAAUGCGUCUGUCUCAAGGCAACACAGUGCUUUCACAACCCAAACUGAAUGAUGCAUGCCAUGCCAAGCAGUAAGCAUGGGAGGAGGCCCGUCUCCUUUUUCAAUGGAAGCAGACAGUGCACCAAGGCCCAGACCUGCCUUUUAAAGCAAGAAUGAGGAAUCCAAACUCUAAAGAGCUAGAAUAAAGGCUCAGUGAGAAGGCUGAGUGAGACUUAUCACGUGAGAGAGGAAAUGAUGAAGAAUGGAAGGAGUCAUUGGAUAGUCAUACUGGUCGUACUGUGAAAAUGUAAAACUUUGGGUGCCGGACGGUUUGAGUACUUUGAGUAAUUUUGAGUACAGUGAGCUGCACAUAAGUCUGGUACAGAAAGGUUUAUUUAUAUUUAUACAGGUGUUUUUUUUUUUAAGAAGCAGGCUGAAGGACUUUCUAGAAAAAAGCAAACGAGGAAGCUUUGCAUUGCAUGGCGUCAAAUCUGUUAACUUCACAAUGUCCUGAGUGGUUCCACGGAAUGAAGCUUUUUGCCAAUUUUUAAAUGGUGACAAACAUUUCUUAUGCGGUGUACUGUAAUAAUACAAAAAAAGGCUACAUUUUCAGCAUGAUACAUUUAGGUUGGAUAUCAUACAUUACAUUUGGAAAUGUGGUGCUCAGUAGAAGCGCUUGAAGAGAACUCUCUCCACCAAUGGACAUUUGCAACAGUGACGUGGGUAACCCACCUUGUCUCGUGCUUUAUCAUUCGUUUUUUUGUAAAGUUUCAAAACACUGGGAAGGAUCUGUCAAUGCCAUAAGCUUCAAGCAUCCUUAAUAUAUUUUUUGUAAUGCAUCUACUACUGACAAAUUUUAAUAUCUGGAGGUCAUACUGCUUGGUAAAGUUAGUUGUUUUAAAAGGUGACUUGCUAAUUUUUUUUAUGGGCUAUUUAUCUGCUUAGUCUGAGUUUUUAUAACAUUACUUUUGAGAUAUCAACUUCCAUUUACAUUUCUGACCCACCACUAAGUAGCAUGCUUGUAAUGCAAUUGAUUAACGGAAUAUGAUGUGUGGUAAAACACCAUUCCAUUACACGAGAGAUUAAAUGUCAUGAACUAGCUUAGAAUACUGGGAGCUUUAGUCUGUGUAACUUAGUAACAGUCAUAGUCCCCCCUUGCUUUUAUCACAAUGAAGCCAACUGCCCAUCUGAAAAACAUAACUUGUUCCUCAAACACAUACAUUUUAAUUUGAAAGUAUUUGUCUUGAAUUAUUAUUAUUUUCAUGUAUUGUUUUAUGUAAAAUUAAUUUAAGGUAUAGUUUCUUGUGCAUGACACUCAAAGCGUGCAAUCAAUUAUCUGAAUGUUUUGAAAAUUCAGGCAACUACAACAUAAUUAAAAAAAAGCCAAAAAAAUAGAAUUAUGUUUGGUUUCAUGAUUAUCUCACAAGGGUCACCAAAUAGUUUAUAUUUAUGAUGGAGGCAACUCAUGAAAUGGAUGUUCCCAUAAAUGUUGCACCUUUGGCAAUUAUGAAUGUGUUACAGAGUUCAUCACAUGCAGUUUUCUUGCCAAAGCCGUAAUUCAAAGCCGACAAGCCCAUUUCUAAGUUUUUGCCUGUGAAAGUAUUACCUGUAGCUUUGAUGCAUUUUAACCAAGGUGCUAAUGGUGGACUAGCCAGUAAAAAACAG